AUGAAACCUGAUGACGGAAACAAAGGUAACUCAACAAUUUUCAGGGCGAAUUUUCAGAUAAUUUUGGAUAUUUUUUCCAGAAAUUAUCAAGACGACUGAUGAGUUAAACAAAGUACCGGAGAGCGACGAAAGUGUACCAUUGAAAAGAGAGUUAGUUUAAUGUUUAAGGGCUCUAGGGUCCCCAAAAAAUCAAGUUUUCAUCUAAAAAUUCAAUUUUCAGUGAGGAAGUGAAAAAUGAUCAGACGACCGCAGCAGAAGUCGAAUCAAACAUCGAGUCGAACAUCGAUAAAACCCAGAAAGUUCAGAGAUCUGAGAGGGUUUCAGUGAUGCAAGAUGUCAAAGAAAUCGAAGAUCCAAUUGCAAAAAAUGGCUACGAAAUGUUGAUGAAAGUGUUGGAAAGCACGAAAUGCGGUGAAAAAUCACUAUCAUCAGUUGUGAAAAUCGACGAGAUUUGUACAAUGCUCGACAAUCUUCGACCAAUUUUUCUAAGUCAACCAAGUUGUGUGGAACUCGAGACGCCAAUCAACAUCUGUGGCGAUUUACACGGUCAAUAUGGUGAUCUUCUUCGAAUUUUCGAUAAGAUCGGAUUUCCACAUCGAACAAAUUACUUGUUUUUGGGCGAUUAUGUUGAUCGCGGUAAACAUAACAUUGAGACGAUUUUAUUGUUGUUCUCAUAUAAAAUGAUUCUUCCGAAUCACUUUUUCCUACUUCGCGGAAAUCAUGAAAGUCCGUCGAUUAAUCGAGUUUAUGGAUUUCUUGAGGAAUGUGUUCGGCGGUUCAAAAAUGUCAAAGUUUGGAAUGCGUUUCAAGACACUUUUGCGACAAUGCCUUUGAGUGGAUUGGUGGCUGAUCGUAUUUUAUGCAUGCAUGGUGGAUUGUCGCCAAAGGUUAGUUCUCCUAAAAAAUUAGAAAUUCAAUAAAAAAUCCACGUUAUCAAUAGAGCACACUUUCCCUUCUCUGCUUUUUACAAUUUCAAAGACACAUUUUUCCAGCUGAAAUCGGUCGAACAACUUCGCCGACUAAAACGUCCUCUCUACCAACCCGAAAACGGAACCCUUGAAAUCGAUAUUCUCUGGAGCGACCCCUCAACUUUUUCCAAAGGCUGGGCUCCAAAUCAACGCGGAGUGUCGUUUGUGUACGGUCCCGAAGCCUGCCGAAAAACGUGCGAUGAGCUAAACGUGGAUCUCGUAUGCCGUGCACAUCAAGUCGUCCAAGAUGGCUACGAAUUUUUUGCGAAUCGUAGACUCGUCACAAUAUUUUCAGCGCCAUAUUAUUGCGGACAAUUUGAUAAUGCGGCAGCUGCGAUGACUGUUAGCGAAGAUCUUUUAUGCUCAUUUGUUAUUUUGAGACCAAGGAAGAAGAAGAUCAGGAAGAAACUGUGA